GCCUCCAGUGGAGACACGCGAGCACAAGCAACUUUUCAACCCGGGCACAACUACGUCAUGUUUUACUAACCGCCCUAAACAACAACAACAACAACCUACCGUGGCACGUCACGUCACAGUGUGAGCAAGGCAAGAUGAAUUUGGAAGAAUACUUCAAAAGAAUUGGUUUCCACGGCUCUUUUGAUAAACUGGAUCUUGCGACACUGAAGUUGAUCCACAAGCAGCACGUCAUGUCCGUCCCAUUUGAAAACCUCAGCAUUCACUGCGGUGAGAGGAUCAUCAUGGACCUUCAGGUCAUUUACAAUAAGAUAGUGAGGAGCCGCCGUGGAGGUUGGUGCCUUGAGAACAACUUCCUGUUUGGCUGGGUGCUGAGGGAAAUGGGCUACGACACUACAACGUUGAGCUCCAGAGUUUUCAACAGUAUCCUGGAUGAUUUUGGACCCCUUGAAUCUCAUCUCAUCAACAAGGUCAUCAUUGAUGGAAAAGCUUAUAUAACAGAUGUGAGCUUUGGCGUGUCCUCCCAGGUGUGGGAGCCCCUGGAGCUCGUCUCUGGAAAGGACCAACCUCAGGCAGCGGGUGUCUUCCGUCUCAUAGACAAGGAGGACUUCUGGGUGCUGGAGAAGACUGGCAGAAAGCCAGAGGUUCUCAAUCCAGACUUUGCCAAAUCUAGUCUGGUGAGCAGGAAGGAAACCAAGAAUAUCUACUGCUUUACCUUGGUGCCUCGUGAGGUCAAUCAUUUCUUUGAUAAGAGCCACAGACUCCAGACCGACCCUACUUCACUGUUUACCAAUAAAUCCAUCUGCUCUUUGCAAACACCAACAGGAUUCAAAGCUCUGAUUGGUUGGACCUACAGCGAGGUCACCUACAAACCUGAGGAAGGUGUUGACAUCUUAGACAUGAGGGACAUAACAGAUGAUGAGAUAGAGCAAAUACUGAGGGAAAAGUUCAAUCUGAAGCUGCAGAACAAACUAAAGCCUGUAAGCAACAAGUCAUGGUACACACUGUGACGUGUUACACGUAUUAAUGCUGUUUUGUACAAAAGAAAUGAUGCAGUUGCUUUAGGACUGAGAGAAGUACAAAUAAACAGCACUUUACAUGUGUCAUUCAAUUUUAUUCACUGACACUUUUGACAGUAAAUAAUCAUGUACAUUCAUUGUCAUAUACCUCAGUAUGCUGCAGUAGUAGUUUGCAGUUUGCAAAGGGGGUAACAGAAGAGACCAUUUGCUGACUGUGCACCAAAUGUUACUCAAAAAGUUGUGACCCAGUAUUAAUGUUUAUGAGAGUCUUCUGUUACAAAUAGCCAGCUUAUUGCGGUGUAGCAUCAAGGUCAGUGCUUGGCUCAUAUAUAUACAUAUAUUAUACAUAUUGGUGAGCUUAGAGGGUGGUCGGAUUUUAGAUUUAUGUUUUUGGUAUAUAUGUGUAAGAGUAUAUGGAGCUAAUGGGAGGGACAGACUAACUACUACCACUAAGUGAGGAAAAACAAAUGUCUGUCCAAAAACAACAACAUUGUUUGCCAUUAUUUAUACCUUUUAUAACUUUCUUAUGUAAAUGUAAUCUGCUAAACUUCAAGUUAUAAGUUAUAUAAUAAGUCUGCUGUACCUGGUUGUCCCUGUCUGACUCAGUCGCAGCCGUACUGUGUACUCACUCAUAUAUCAUUACCAUGUUUAAAUAUUAUGCUCAUAAACUUUUAUAUCUUCUUCUUCUGAAACAUGGCUGACACUGUCAUUUUGUAAGAAGGCUGGAGAAGAAAACUGAGCUUCAUAACAGGAGAGUGAGGAGGAGGCCUGUAUAUAUAAUCUUCUUUUAGUGCUUUUUAUUGUACAAGUAUUAUAGGGUUUAUCAUGGUGUGUUUACUAAGGUUUGUGCAUUGGGCAAUUAGUCCAUUCCUCCUUGUAGGAGAAGGCAUCCACCUCGACCUGACAGAAUCUCAGAUCCUCUUCUUCGCCUCGAAAAGGCAAAUCUUAGCAUAGACCAACAAGUGUUAGAAUAAGCUACAUUGUAUUGUUCAUCUUUGUAGACCUUGUGUUGACAACUGCUGGACAUGUAUUAUUAAAAUUAUUCAUAUUCA